AUGAAGAACGAUUUUAGUGGGCUCUCCAUGCCAGCAAAGGGGACGACAACUCUGGCUUUUAUGUUCAAACACGGUGUCAUGGUGGCUGCUGAUUCCCGUGCCAGCAUGGGAGGAUAUAUUUCAUCACAAUCUGUCAACAAAAUUAUAGAAAUCAAUCCAUACAUGCUCGGUACAAUGGCCGGAGGUGCUGCUGACUGCCUGCAGAACUGGCACAGAAGUCUUGGAAUGAAGUGUCGUUUACAUGAAUUGGCAAAUAGGAGACGAAUUUCCGUUGCGGGAGCUUCAAAAUUGUUGGCGCACAUCCUGUAUUCCAGUCGAGGAAAGGGUUUGUCUGUUGGAACUAUGAUAGCUGGCCAUGAUGAAAAGGGCCCUGGCCUUUACUAUGUUGACAGCGAUGGUGGUCUGCUUCAAGGCACCAGAUUCUCAUUUGGCUCGGGUUCUCCGUAUGCUUAUGGUGUUCUGGACAGUGGAUACCGCCAUGAUCUGUCUGUUGAGGAGGCUGCGGAGCUGGCUAGAAGAGCAAUCUAUCAUGCCACAUUCCGUGAUGGAGCCAGUGGUGGUGUUGCCACCGUAUACCAUGUCGGCCCAAGUGGAUGGAAGAAGCUCUCGGGUGAUGAUGUUGGAGACCUGCACUAUUCAUACUAUCCCGUUGAACCCACCACGGUGGAGCAGGAGACGGACCAAGAGAUGGACAAUAAUCUAGAUUCUAAAGUCGUUAAUACUUAG